GCAGAACAAGUCGCUCAGUCUCUCAACUGCAUGAUCAAAUGAAGCCGUAAUUAAGCAAGCGGGUUAGUGAUGCCUGCUGAUGAAAUGCACAGAUGCUGACGGAUGGAAGGUUGUAGAUGCAGCGGUUGCACCGGUGCUGACUCGGGAUGCUUGCUCAUGAAAUGAUACGAGGCCCGCUCAGUUGUGAGAACACCAACUUGUUUCCUGCGCUAUAACGUGAGACGGAGCGAGAGAGAGAGAGAGAGAGAGAGAGAGAGAGAGAGAGAGAGAGAGAGAGAGAGAGGAGGGGGCGCGAGCGUUCGUUCGCCGCUGUUGCUCGGGGCUCGCGGAAGAACCGAUCACAUGGAUUCCAAGGUUCCAUUUUUCAACGGCGCUUCGAUCUGAGCGCGCGCUGACAGCCCCGGUGACCGGCGCAUCCAUCAGAGCCGCGCGAGGGAAAGAGGCAUCACUUCGCCGGUUCCAUCGAUCUGCCGGAACUGGGCAGGCACAGGAGUCGGUCCGUGUGUGCGUGUGCGCACGAGUGAGGAGGGCGAAAGCGGCCCUGGGGUAUUUCUGCCACCGAGGAGCAGCCAGCUGCACGUUUAACGGAGAGGAAACCGAUCUGGCUGGAAUAUUUGCCGUUGCAGAAAAUCAUUUAGGAGGAAAGCAUUCCUCAUUUGCUCAAAUCACAGGUGGCGUGUGGAACCAAAGACAGCCCAGUGCUGGAUUCCCGAAGGACAGCUAGAGAUCACAGACCCUUGAGGUGAAAGAGGGUGCAUGGAUCGCUCAAGGACAAAGACUUCUGCCUACCUCUGGUUGGGCGUGGUCUCCGUGGCAUCAGCCUUCCUCUGUGCAGAGGCGGGAGUCACGCCGAGCCCGUCCCUCUCGAAUAACAUCACAUGCGUCGAGGAGUCGGGUCGAUGCCAGCCUGGCAUCAUCUUACCCAUUUGGUACCCCGAGGACCCUUCUAUGGGCGACAAGAUCGCCAGGGUCAUUGUGUACUUCGUGGCAAUGAUCUACAUGUUCCUGGGGGUGUCGAUUAUUGCGGAUCGCUUCAUGGCCGCCAUUGAAGUCAUCACCUCCCAGGAAAAAGAAAUCAUCAUCAAGCGUCCGAAUGGUGAGACGACGACAACGACAAUCCGAGUGUGGAAUGAGACAGUGUCCAACCUCACGCUCAUGGCGUUGGGCUCCUCCGCUCCUGAGAUCCUUCUCUCUGUCAUCGAGAUUUGCGGGCACGAGUUCCACGCCGGUGAACUUGGCCCAUCCACCAUCGUAGGCAGUGCCGCCUUCAACAUGUUUGUGAUCAUCGGCCUGUGCGUGUCGGUUAUCCCGGAAGGGGAGGUCCGGAGGGUAAAACACCUGCGUGUGUUUUUCGUGACAGCCGCGUGGAGCACGUUUGCCUACAUCUGGCUCUACAUGAUCUUGGCUGUGUUCUCGCCCAACGUAGUCCAAGUAUGGGAAGGGCUUCUCACCUUGGCGUUCUUCCCCAUCUGUGUCAUUCUAGCUUGGGUGGCCGACCGUCGACUGCUCUUCUACAAAUUUAUGCACAAGAAAUAUCGCACGGACAAACACCGAGGCGUCAUCAUCGAGACGGAGGGUGACCGUUCAAAAGGCAUCGAAAUGGAUGGAAAGAUGAUGAAUUCUCAUUUUAUAGACGGCGGAGCUGGUAGUAAUUUGAUGGGCCUGAUUGAGGGCAAAGAGGUGGAUGAGUCUCGCAGAGAUAUGAUCCGUAUCCUGAAGGACCUGAAGCAGAAACACCCAGAGAAGGAGCUGGACCAGCUGGUGGAGAUGGCCAACUACUAUGCACUGUCACACCAACAGAAGAGCAGAGCGUUUUAUCGUAUCCAAGCCACGAGGAUGAUGACCGGCGCCGGGAACAUCCUCAAGAAGCAUGUGGCCGAGCAGGCCAAACGUAGCACUAGCGUACAAGAAGUUCAUGUAGAAGAACCCGAGGAGUAUGUGUCACGCAUUAUGUUUGAACCUGCCAUUUACCAGUGUCUGGAGAACUGUGGGGCCGUUCUCCUCACAAUAGUUCGUAAAGGUGGCGACAUCGCUAAGACAAUCUAUGUGGAUUAUAAAACGGAAGACGGCUCGGCAAACGCCGGUGCGGACUAUGAGUUCACCGAGGGCACGGUGGUGUUCAAACCUGGUGAGGUUGUGAAGGAGAUCACUGUUGGCAUCAUCGAUGACGACAUCUUUGAAGAGGAUGAGCAUUUCUUUGUGCGGCUCAGUAACGUGCGUGUUCUGGAGACUGAGGAUGAGGUGCUGUCGCCCAGUAGCCUGCCGUACCCACAGGCCUUGAUAGGAUUCCCUGCUGUUGCCACUAUUACCAUCCUCGACGAUGACCACGCAGGCAUCUUCACUUUUGAAAGCGAGUCCAUGCACGUGAGCGAGAGUGUGGGCAUCAUGGAAUUGAAAGUGCUGCGGACGUCAGGGGCGAGAGGGACGGUCAUCAUUCCGUUCCGCACGGUGGAGGGACUCGCUAAGGGUGGCGGAGAGGACUUCGAGGACGCGUAUGGAGAGCUAGAGUUCAAAAACGACGAGACCUGUAAAACUAUACAGGUUAAAAUCAUCGAUGAUGAGGAGUAUGAAAAAAACAAAAACUUCUAUUUGGAGCUAGCAGAACCACGCAUGGUGGACAUGAGCCUUCAAAAAGCUCUGUUAUUAGCUGAUGAUAUUCCAGAGAGGAAGUUGUCAUCAGAAGAGGAGGAAGCCAGAAGAAUAGCAGAGAUGGGGAAGCCUGUAUUGGGCGAGCAUGCAAAAAUAGAGAUUAUCAUUGAGGAGUCAUAUGAGUUUAAGAGUACAGUAGAUAAGCUGAUUAAGAAGACUAACUUGGCUCUGGUCGUGGGCACAAAUUCCUGGAGAGAACAAUUCAUGGAGGCCAUAACUGUCAGCGCAGGAGAUGAGGACGAGGAUGAGGGGGGAGAGGAACGUCUGCCAUCUUGUUUCGACUAUGUCAUGCACUUCCUGACUGUGUUCUGGAAAGUUCUGUUCGCCUGCGUCCCGCCCACGGAAUAUUGGAACGGGUGGGCGUGUUUCAUUGUUUCCAUAGUGAUCAUCGGUCUUUUGACUGCAGUGAUCGGUGAUCUGGCCAGUCACUUCGGCUGCACCAUUGGCCUAAAGGACUCCGUCACCGCUGUGGUGUUUGUAGCCCUGGGAACAUCCAUCCCUGAUACCUUUGCCAGUAAAGUUGCAGCGGUGCAGGACAGUUACGCAGAUGCAUCUAUCGGUAACGUGACCGGUAGCAACGCUGUGAAUGUUUUCUUGGGAAUCGGUGUGGCGUGGUCAGUGGCCGCCAUCUACUGGCACAUGCAGGGUCGUGCGUUCGAGGUGCAGGCAGGUUCCCUGGCAUUUUCUGUCACUCUCUUCACCGUCUUUGCCUUCCUGGCGGUGAGCGUCCUGCUGUACCGGCGCAGGCCUCACAUCGGUGGAGAGCUGGGCGGCCCGCGCACACAGCGCAUCUUCACGACACUCUUUUUCUUCGGGCUCUGGUUUCUCUACAUCCUUUUCUCCAGUCUUGAAGCUUACUGUCAUAUACAGGGCUUCUGAA